CUUUGUACUGCAUUCUAAUUCUGCCGUGAGUAGCGAGAAAAUGGAGGACAAUCCCAUGAUUUUCACUGUGUACUUUUCAUGAGAGGACAUCGAAAAGCGAUCCUAACAUCAGAUACAUAGUUACAACUUUACUCAAGUCUAAACCAGUUCUUGGACUAAGUUACCACUUAAAUCACUUGCAAAGAUGCAUACCAGACUGGAAUGGAACAAGCAUGCAGACGUAACCCCUCACAUGUCUUGUGAGGAGGGGGAGUUUGAGCCCUGAAAGGAGUACUGGGAUGCGUGUAGGCCAGCAGGAUCCAGAUCCAAAGAGGCAGCAGCUAUAAAGACGAGCAACAACAGGAUUUCUAAUCUUCCCUCGCAUCUUUCCCACUGCAGGCUGUUAUCUAUUUAACUCAGAACUGAGUGUGAUUUUUUGUGAAGUUUUGUGAGUUCUUGGCUUUUGAAUCUGUGCCAGCCAGACCAGGUCAGGUUCACACAUGAGGCCCAAGACCUUCCCUGCCGCCCCAUAUGUGGGCAACACCCGCCAGCGUCUGCAGGAGAUCAAGGAGGGACUGAAACAGCCAGCAAAGCUGGUGAGCCAGGCGCUUCAUGGAGGGAGUGUAAGAGGGGACGGGGGCAGAGGGGGUGAUUCUAAGGGCAAAGACCAAGCUGGAAGGCAACAGCAGCUUCGGCAGCCCCAGAAGUUCAACAACUACCAAAACGCCCUACGAGAGAUCCGCAAGUCUCUGAUGCCCUUUGCCAAUGAGUCGGGUCCAGGAUCCAGUUCAGUGCACCCUGGUGAAGUCAACAGACAGAUGCUACAGGAGCUUGUCAAUGCUGGUUGUGAUCAGGAAAUGGCAGUGCGUGCCCUAAAACAGACUGGCAGCCGUAACAUUGAGGCAGCAUUGGAGUACAUAAGUAAAAUGGGUUAUCUGGACCCACACAAUGAACAGAUUGUACGUGUCAUCAAACAGACUUCACCAGGAAAAGGUGGCAUGCAAAAUUUGAUGGACCACAGAUCGGCAAUGGAGGGUACAGGGGAAGGUGCCAUGGCCCCAUAUCACCAAAUGGGGGCACCACUAUAUGAAGGAGCUAGUUAUGGGGCUGAGGGUGAGAGGGCUCGAGCAUUCAUGGGUGGACCACCUGUUAUGAACUACAUGUCGACUACCAACUCUUCACAGGGCCCUACCAUGGGAAACCCAAUGGGUCGUCCUGCCAGUAUGGGUGCCUACUCCACAGGCCUGGCUGCCCAAAAUAACUCUGGGAACCCUAUGUACACUACUAGUCCAGGCCAGCAAAAAGGCUACCCAGGUGGGAUGGACCAGGCUAUGAUGGGCUACAGUGUGCCUGGACCACCCAUGCAACUUCAGUCACAGCCUACGGGAGGACCUGGCCCUCAUUAUGACUAUAGACCUCAUAUGAUGGAGCCUUCCAGCUAUGGAAUCAAACGGAGUGCUUCCUUCCAGAAUAAGAUGCCUUCACUCUCACCAGACAACUAUGUUACUAUGCCAAGCAAAGGAGCAAUGGGCCAAAAUGGUGGUGGCUACACUCCCAACUUAUAUCUGGCACCACAUUCGCACCCACGCCAGGCCAGCCCCACCUCACACCAGGUUCACAUGAUGCCACGUCCCCCUGGUGUGGCCACAGCAGCAAUAGGUGGUGAAUUCUCAGAUGUUCCUCAAGGCCUUCUCACUCCUUCUAGGGCUAGUCUGAACCUUGAUCUGUAUGAGCAUCACUGGCCAGGUGCCCAAGUUUCUGAGGGGGCUCCUCCAGCUAGACAGCCACAGGGGCCCUUUAGAGGGGAGGUACGUGUCCCAAGUAGAACCAAUUCUUUCAACAACCACCAAAAGGUCACUGUGAGGCAGGCGUUGCCUCCAACAGCAAGUGUUGCUGGCAAGCAGGAGGCACCUUUGGGCCCACCUAACACAAUCACUGCAGUGACAUCUCCACCAAUCCAGCCACCUGUUAAGAGUAUACGGGUCAUGAGGCCUGAGCCAAAGACAGCAGUGGGGCCAUGCCACCCUGGCUGGCUAAGUGCACAAGCCCAAGAAGCAGCGGAGUCUCAUGGUUAUAUGCCAGAUGAGACUUUUACCCUGGAACCUAACCAAGAACACCGCUGCCCUCCUCCACCUUACCCCAAAACACUGUUACUUCCUGGAUCUGGACCUGAGCCUGCAUCACUUGAGUCAGGAGCCAUGGGUGGACUUCCAGAUGUCAUUGCUACAAGUAUAACUGCACAGAGUGCCUCAGCAGGAAAGCAGGAGGAACCUGUCUCCAAAGACAAAGUGAAGGCAGGCAAAGGAGUGAAGACUGUGAAAGAUAAGAAGCAGAUCCAGACCUCACCAGUGCCUGUGCGAAAGAAUGCCCGAGAUGAAGAGAAGAGGGAGUCACGAAUCAAGAGUUACUCUCCCUUCGCCUUCAAGUUCUACAUGGAGCAGCAUGUGGAGAAUGUGAUGAAGACCUACCAGCAGAAACUCAACCGCAGGAUGCAGCUGGAGCAAGAGAUGUCCAAGGCUGGCUUAUCAGAGGUAGAGCAGGAACAGAUGAGGAAGAUGCUGUACCAGAAGGAAUCCAAUUAUAAUCGACUACGACGUGCUAAGAUGGACAAAUCUAUGUUCGUCAAAAUCAAGACGCUUGGCAUUGGGGCCUUUGGUGAGGUGUGUCUUACACGCAAAGUGGACACAGGAGCUCUCUAUGCCAUGAAGACUCUACGAAAGAAAGAUGUUUUGAACCGGAACCAAGUAGCCCAUGUGAAAGCAGAACGGGACAUCUUGGCAGAAGCCGACAAUGAGUGGGUAGUCAGGUUGUACUACUCAUUCCAGGACCGAGACAGCCUGUACUUUGUCAUGGAUUACAUUCCUGGAGGAGAUAUGAUGAGCCUGCUGAUCCGGAUGGGUGUUUUCCCAGAGCCAUUAGCCAGGUUCUACGUGGCAGAACUGACGCUAGCUAUUGAGAGUGUGCACAAAAUGGGCUUCAUUCACAGAGAUAUCAAGCCAGACAACAUUCUCAUUGACCUGGAUGGACACAUCAAACUGACUGACUUUGGUCUGUGUACUGGGUUUCGUUGGACUCACAACUCAAAGUAUUACCAAAAAGGUAACCAUAUCCGGCAGGAUAGUAUGGAACCAAGUGAUUUUUGGGAUGAUGUGUCUAACUGUCGUUGUGGUGACCGCCUGAUGACUUUGGAACAGCGGGCGACUCGACAGCACCAGCGUUGCCUGGCACACUCUCUGGUGGGCACUCCUAACUAUAUCGCCCCUGAGGUGCUUCUGCGCAAAGGCUAUACACAGCUGUGUGACUGGUGGAGUGUGGGAGUAAUCUUGUUUGAGAUGUUGGUUGGCCAGCCCCCCUUUCUUGCUCCAACCCCAACAGAGACGCAGCUUAAGGUGAUAAACUGGGAGAACACUCUGCAGGUGCCUCCACAAGUGAAGCUGAGCCCUGAAGCAGUUGACAUCAUUGGUCAACUCUGCUGCUCAGCUGAAGAACGUUUAGGGGGCAACGGGGCUGGAGAAAUAAAAGCUCACCCAUUCUUUUCCGAGAUGGAUUUUUCCAGCAAUCUUCGCACACAGCCUGCCCCCUACCGACCCAAGAUUGCCCACCCCAUGGAUACAUCCAACUUCGAUCCCGUGGAGGAGGAGGGGGGUCCAGGAGCCUGGAGCGAUAGAGGGGACAGUACCCGCACUUGGGAGACUCUUUGUUCUCCUCAUGGCAAACACCCUGAGCACGCCUUCUAUGAGUUCACUUUCCGCAGGUUUUUUGAUGAUAAUGGUUGUCCAUUCCGUUAUCCUAAGCCCCUCGAGUUGACUCAAGACAUGUUUUGCAGUGGUGGGGCUAGUAGCUUGAAGUCUGAUUUGGAGGAGGAAGAGAUUCGUGAAGAGGAAGAACAAGGGGAAGGGUGUGAGCCAGUUUAUGUGUGAGACUGUUAAAGUGGGUGUUCAUGCUGCUCUGCCUUUACCCAUACAGGGCCUUACCAGUUAACACGCUGCAUCUCCUACCCUUCCUAUAAGCCCUACUUUCAGUUCAGGGUGUACUUUUGUAGAACAUGGAAAACAACAGAAACGGAGUGCACCAAGUUCCAUGUGAAAUGUUUUUAUUCCUCCAAAAUCAUUAUGCAGUAUCCUUUGCCUGACUGAAGCUCUGACCUGGGACCAAGGAAUUACGCAAGAUAUAAAGCAAGAUAUAGUCCAGGGGAUGUUGGUGUGAUUGAUAAAUUAAGAGACGUGUAGCUGCUGCUCUACUCUUGUAUUUAGUGUGAUCUGUCAAUGGUGCCCUAUUCCUUUAUUCCUUUGGGUGAAAAUACCCCAGUGUUACAUUUUGUAUGGUGAUGCUAACACAGCCAUUCCGAAAACCAGAGAGGCCAUGGUGAGGGAUCAGAAGAGAGGAUAAUGGUGGUUAGGUUGUGAUUAGGAAAUGAUGUCUCCUCCACAGUGCAAUCCCACAACAUGCAAAAACAUAGUCAGUCACUGCUGUGGAGAUUUAUUGACUAUUAUUUUUAAUUACUCAUAAAACCAAUGCAGAAACAUGCUGUCAAAUAUAUAUUUUCUAAUGUAUGGAAAUAAAUAGACAGAUUUUCAGAACAUUUUGUGGUGCCACCAAGUGGCUCAAAGUGACAUCAUAAAGAAUCAUGGCUUUUGGAGAUCCUUUUGGAGAUGGACUGAGACAAAGUCUCCUUUAUAUAUGUUACAUGCUAAGUCAAUCCAAAAGAUCCAGCUAUAUUUGGCAGUUAAAUACACUAAUCACAGUUUUUUUGUAAAUAUUACACAGUUAUACUUUUUAUUUUAUAUUUCAUGCCUCAUCAGGUUAAAUGGUGCUCUAAAAAUGGACAAAUAUGGAGACAAAAAGUUCUCUCUGAACAGCCAGCACUUCAUGGACAUGGGAUCUUAAAAACUCACUAUUAAAGGUUUGACAGUAACAUCCGUUGAAUGUUUCAGCAACUAUUACUUAAGAGCUGAAUAACUGCGUGAUGAAACAUAAGGAAGCGCGAAUGCCACAAAAAUUUGAUUGAAAUGUUAAAUAUGAAAUUAAAGAGUAAAAGUGACCUAAUUCCUGCUUUCUGCUCACUUAGCAACAUUCUGCGAGGUAACAUUUGUGAAUAUAACCACGUCAUGAUAUGUUGCAGUAUUCAAACAUUUGAAUAUACUUAAGUGUGUUAGUUUAGUUACCAAAGUAUUUCUUUAUUCAACUAAGAUUUGAAUUUGACACUUUUAUUUUGCCUGGCUUGAUUGAAUUUGUUUAAAAGCUUGCAUUACAAAACUUUUUCCAGUUAUAGCUUUACUGUCAUCUAUUGCUUUCAUGUAUAUGUAACACACAAAUCAUGCAUUGUUUUUCUGAGUUUUGAUUUCUUAGACUGCCAUAGACAUAAUGGGCAUGCAGCUUGCCAUCUGAAGCAAUGCUGUAACCGUAUAGUUUUUUUAUUUUUAACUUAAACCUAACUGAGAAACAGUAUAAUAGCGUAACAUUUUAUGCCUCUUAUUGUUUAAAUCUUUCUCUGGCUUUAUUCUUUACCUUUUUCUUAAAACAUCUUAAUUGCAUUCAGUUUCAUAAGAUCUUAAAAGUCAGGGUGGGAUGCUUUUGUUGUGUGUUUCAUCCUCACUAGAUGUAAUUUUGUCUGUCACCAUCAGUGAACUCUUCAACAAUUGUAACUGAACACUUGCAAAACAAAAUUUAACAUCAAGGCUGUUGCACCAUCUCAAUGUGUGCUCACUCACAGCACAGUGUUAUAACAAGACAGUCUAUGACUGAAUGUAAAGAAUACUUUUGAGACAGUUGUAGGAACUCUUUAGAAAACCAUGAAAAAAGUGGCAAAGAAAAGGCAAAUGUAUCUGAUGGUAUGACUAUGUGCAAUACAGAAAAUACAUUAUAUAGUUUUCUAAAUACAACAAAUAGCCUUUAUAAUUUUAAAACUGUAUUAUGCUAUGUAAAAGUAUAUAUUAUAUUGAUUUAUAUAUUUUCAGUAUUGUUUCAUGACCCAAUGCUGCUUAUUAUUAUUAUUAUUAUUAUUAUUAUUAUUAUUACAAUAUAAAGAACAUUUAUCAUCCUACUUUCAUUCUCUCUGUGUAUUAAGUGUGGAAUUGAUUGUCAGUGUGAAUGGUCUGGUGCAAGUAAACCGUAUGCCUUCUAAUGAAUGUGUGGGUGUCCACCAUGUGCUGGUCAGUAUUUCAAGAGGAGGUGGAAAUACCUCUUAUUGCUCUCAGGCCGGUCCUGACUGUAAGAGAAGGUGUUUUUGGCAGGCUAGCUUGAGAAAGAGGAAAUAAAGAAGCAACAAUGAAUGCAUGUCAUUGAGACUCUGAAGGAGGUGUAUCUGAAUGUCUGGGUAGGAGGGAUUUUAAAACGCAUAUUAUGCAUGGUUUGCUUAGUGAUAAGACUGUGGCAGUUGUUUUGACUUUCUGUGAUUAAGUCCAUUUAAUAUUGUUUUUCUGUUAUCUAAUAAUUUGUUGUGAUCGUGGGUCACUGCACAAAAUGUUCUCUGUAUUAAUUAUAAUCUCGAGCUGACUGACAAUCAUGUCGUUAUUUGCUUGCCUGAGACCAAAUUAAGAUGUCAAGUCAGUUUUGUUAAAUUAUCCCUUACGACCACUGACUGAAAAGCUUUAAAACAACAGUCAAUGAAACCAUUUUGUGCUUUUUCUUUUAUAUAUAUGUGUGUGUCAGAACAAUCCCUCCUUAAAAGCUAAGUGAACUUUUAACAAACAUGUUAAGGACACAACUUAUGACUGUGUGCCAUUGUAUAUAUAAAACUUAAAUUGGUAUCAUGCCUUAGAUUGUUGAUUGAUUGAGCUCAGUGGAGUGUGACAGCAAGUGUGGCAGAGGUUUUGCUAACCCAUAUUCAUCAGAAUGGACCACUCAGUGAAAAAGCAUUAGCUUUCAGGAGUCAGGUUUAAGGUUUGAAUGUAAUGUGUGUGAUGUGCUAAGAAUGGUUUCUCUUGUGUUUUACUUUUGAAAGUGUUGACUGACAAUCUUUGACUGUAUUUAGAGUUGUGUGAUGAUUGGAUUUUUUUUGGUUUUGUUUUUUUUGUAUGUUUUUGUAUUUUAACAGAUGAAUGGGUUGGGAACUUGGGACUUUUUGAUGUUUGUAAUCUUCUACCUGUAUUAUACAAUACUGUUACUAUUGAACAUAUAUUUAUACAGAUAUACAUAUUUUUUUUGUAUCCUCAAUUCUUAUUGUUUCUCUUUUCCGAGCUAACUUUUGAACCCCUACAUGUCUACAGUAUUACAGACAGAAUGCAUUUGGAUUUAUAUCCCAUUUUUUAUGUGUAUGAAUUGAAAAUGUAUAAGAAAUGCUUUCACUGUCCUCACAUGUAAAUGUAUAUGUCUAAAUUAAAUUAAACAAAU